UCCAUCUGUCAAAAAACAAACACACAACGAACAGUCAAAGGAAACGUUUGUUGAGAUGUUAUUGUAAAAUGUUUCAUCCUCUUCAGUCCCGUGAACAUGGGUUUGUUGAAAAGGCUAAGCUUUUCAACAUUGCAAAAGGAAACAAAGAUUUUAUACAAAGACUGAAGUUGGAUAGUAAAGUAGAGGCUCACACCGGAUGUGUAAACACUUUAUGUUGGAGUUCUUCAGGUCAGAAUAUUUUAUCAGGAUCAGAUGAUCAGCACUUAGUUAUUACAGAUCCAUUUAAGAGGAAGAAAAUUACAUCAAUAAGAUCCGGACACAGGGCAAAUAUUUUCAGCGCCAAAUACCUUCCUUUUACUGGAGAUAGUCAGAUAAUAAGUUGCUCUGGUGAUGGAAAGAUUUACUAUACAAAAGUAGGUCAAGAUGAUCAGCAUGAGGCUAGUUUAUUUGACUGUCAUUUUGGAACAACUUAUGAGGUAAUUGUGGUUCCAAAUGAAGCAUCAACGUUUUUAUCUUGUGGAGAAGAUGGUACUGUUCGAUGGUUUGAUUUACGAAUCAAAACUAGCUGUCUCAAAGAAGAUUGUAAAGAUGAUGUAUUAAUCAACUGUAGAAGAGCAGUUACUUCAUUGGCAGUUAAUCCUAUGUUGCAAUACCAACUUGCAAUAGGCUGUUCUGACAGCUCUGUUAGAUUAUUUGACAGAAGAAUGUUAGGAACUAGAUCUUCAGGACAUUACACAGGAAGAGGUCUAACAGGAAUGGUAUGUAGUUUUACAGCACCAAACCUUGCCAGCAGAUCACACAGGAUUACCUCCCUUAGUUAUAGUCCUAAUGGAGGAGAUGUACUUGUUAGUUAUUCAUCAGAAUAUGUUUACCUGUUUGGCACAAAGGACUCAAAAGUGAAACAUUUUGAUAAAGUUUUCAGUAAACCUGAAAGGUCCAUUGAUCAUGGCAGUGAUAUAAAGUCUUCUGGUGGAUUAGCAGCUUUCCCAUCAAUCAACCAACCAUCCACAUCCACCAUUCAGCCAUCCACAUCCACAGCUCAGCCAUCAUCAUCCUCCACACUAGGAGCAGCAUUCUCCUUACAGAUGUCUCAGACUGUUGGUGCUGAGGAAGAAGGAUAUUCACAGACUCCAUUGUCUGAGGGUUUCCCAGAGGACCAGCCAGAAAUGUCAAGACAACCUCCAUUCAAACGACUAAGAAUGAGAGGAGAUUGGUCUGAUACUGGACCCAAUGCAAGACCGGAGUCUGAAAGGAAUUCUGAAGGCAGACACAGACCAUUAAUGCAGAGAAUGUCUGAUAUGUUGACAAGAUGGUUGGAUGGAAAUCUGAGGAGAACUAAUAAUUCUAAUGAAGGGGAAAGAACAGAAGGCCAGGCAUCACCACAGGAUUCAAACAAUGAGAAUGCCAUCUUUGAUGUUUCCCAAGAUGCAUCAGCAGUUGAAGGAAGUGUUGAGAUGGAUGGAGUUGUUUCAGGAUGGCAAAAUAUGCCGUCAACAUCUGGUAGGAAUUUCUAUGGGUCAGCUGACAUGGAAGUAGGAAAUACAAAUAAUGAUGAGCAGCCUACAUCUGACGUUCCUUUAGAACCAGUUGAUUCAGAUUUAUCUCGUGGCCAGGAUUCUAAGCCAGAUCAUGGUCCUACUGACAAUAAUACUCAUGACUGUGAUAAUAGUAACCAUAGUGAUUCACAUGACUCUAGUAGCCAUAGCAACCAUAGUGAUACAAAUCCUAUACAAACUUCACAUGAUCCCAAUAGUGACCCUGAUGCAGACAGGGAAGCAGGUCAACUGGAACCUGUGAUAAGUUUACAUUAUUCUACAGAAGGGACUACCAGUAGUACAAUACGACUAGGUUUUGCAAGGUUUGAGAAUUUAGAGGCUGGAAUUCUUCAGAGAAGUGCUGAAAAUGCCUCAUUGUCUCCUUUAGUAACAGAUCCUGUACAAAAUCAAGAUCUGUUUAAUGUUUCAGACAAUAAUGUGUCACAUGAAGCUAUUGAGCUUCAGCAAGACAUAGAUUCUCAUGAUUCAGAUUUAGAACAAGGGGAGAUAAAUACUGCCUCAAAUAUUUUACAAGAUGAAGAACCUGAUAGUUCAGAAAAUAGACAAAAUCUUGAUACUCAAAAUAGUGGAGAAAUUUCUAGUCAGUCUGAUUCAACCGAAACUCCUAACUGUGAUACACAACAGAUAGAGACUGUUCAAAAUACAAAUGAAAGUGAAAGAUCAUCACCCAAUAGGGGUGAAGGGUCAUCAGAAAUUGGUGAAAGGUCAUCAGAAAUAGAUGAGAGAUUAUCAGAAACACCACCUAUGUCAUCACCUAUCUCUCAUUUACAUAUAAGACCAAAUUCUAACAGGACAGAAGGUGCAGGUACAGAACCGGGAAUGGAUGUUGAUGCUCCACCUCCACCACCUGUACCUAGACAGAGAAGGAUUGGGAGGAGUGGUCCCUCCAUGGGAGACAUACAGUUAGGAUUGGAGGUUGACAAUAGUGGUGAUGAACAAGAUGAUGCAGGAGAUAACAGACCCUCUAACAGCUUAGAAAGACACAUAACAGCUAUAAAACUGCAAGAACUUUACAGAAAAAGACAAGAAGAGAAGGAAAAAGAAGAAAUGGAGAUGAGAAAUAUCUAUCAACCUUCAUUUAAAAUGAAGUUUAAAGGUCACAGAAAUGCUAGAACCAUGAUAAAGGAAGCUAAUUUCUGGGGAGAUGGUUAUGUAAUGAGUGGCUCAGAUUGUGGCCACAUAUUUAUCUGGGACAGACAUACAGCCAGACUAGUGAUGCUUCUGGAGGGAGACAGACAUGUUGUCAACUGCUUACAGCCUCACCCAUAUGAUCCAAUUCUAGCAUCCAGUGGUAUAGAUUAUGAUAUAAAGAUCUGGUCUCCAUUAGAUGAAAGUCCUAAUUUUCAGGAAGAGGUAGCAAACGAGAUUAUGUCUCGUAAUGAGAUAAUGUUAGAAGAAACAAGAGACACCAUCACAGUCCCUGCCGCUUUUAUGUUACGUGUGCUGGCUUCACUUAACCAGAUCAGGGCAGGACGAGCAUCAGUCAGCCGAGUCAACCAGGAACAUGGGUCAAGUGAUUCAGAAUGAGGCUAGUGCCAACCUGUGAUUGUAAAUUUUCUAGAACUUAUGCAACUUUACCUUCAUUGUGAAGUCAUGUUGUAAACCUAUCUCAUACUGUCUUAAACAUAAGGUAAUAAUAAAAAAGGAUUGUAACAAAAUAACACCAAUCAGAUGUUAAAACUGGACAAGAAACAAUAAGUUUUUAUAAAAUGUACAUGUAUGGAAUUGAAUGUAUAUAGAAACAACAAGGGGGAGAUAACUCACUUUAUAGCAAUCUACUAGCAUUGUUAAGGAAAAAGUCUUCUAAUAUGCAGUUCUAUAGAACAAAAGGAUUUUUAUCUUUCCUUGUCAAACUGCUUGGUAAUGUUAACGAGGUUUUGUUAUUUAUGUUUUGGUAUAAUUGUCUUAAGGACAUAAAAAAUAAAUACAAAUAUUAAACAGUUAAAAAAUUUAAGUAUGAAGUUUUAAGAAAAUUAUAAUAUUAUCAGUCUACCUUGAUAAAACUAUCUUUGGUGCAUCUAAAUUAUUACUAGUUUUACUUACAUUUUAUUGACAAAUGUCUAGUGUUAAAAAGGCCCUUAAUAAGACUAAAAAUGUAUUGUUGUAUAAUUGUCAUAUUUUAUAUUUUAGUUAUUGAAGAAAUAGCAUUUAUGAAAAUAUGAUUCCUUAUGAAUGUGGUUUCAGAUCUUGAUCAUGAAAAAAAUUGCAUUUUUGUUGCGCCUGCGACUUCUGUCGCAGAAAGCUUGACAUAGGGAUAGUGAUUCGGCCUCAACGGCAUUAACUACUUAAAAGCUUUAUAUUUUAGAAGGUUGAAGACCUGGAUGCUUCAUACUUUGUAUAUAGAUGCCUUAUGUUAUGAAAUUCUGUCUGUCGUAUGUCCUUUGUCCUUGACCUCAUUUUCAUGGUUCAGUGACUACUUGAAAAAACAGUUAAUAUUUUUUGUAAUGCUAAUUUCUCUUAUUAUGAGUAAUAGGAUAACUAUAUUUAGUAUGUGCAUGGCUUGCAAGGUUCGCAUGCCUGUCAGACAGUUUUCAUCUGACCUUGACCUCAUUUCAUGGAUCAGUGAACAAGGUUAAGUUUUCGUGGUCAAGUUCAUAUAUCAGAUACUACUAUAUUUGGUGUAUGGAAUGAUUGUAAGGUGUACAUGUCCAACUGGCAGGUGUCAUCUGACCUUGACCUCAUUUUCAUGGUUCAGUGGUUAAAGUUAAGUUUUUGUGUUUUGAUCUUUUUUUUCUAAUACUAUAUGCAAUAGGUCAACUAUAUUUGGUGUAUGGAAAUAUUUUACAAUGUACAUGUCAGUCUGACAGGUUUUAUUUGACCUUGACCUCAUUUUCAUGGUUCAUUUGUCAAUGUUAAGUUUUUUCUUAGAAACUAGAAGCAAUAGGUCAACUAUGUUUGGUGUAUGGAAUGACUGACCUUGACCUCAUUUUCUUGGAUCAUGGUAAGUUUAUGUGAUACUUGUAGUAAAGUUUUUAUAUUUAGGACUAUCAACAUAAAAUCAAUGAUCAGUAAAGCAGGCGAGACAUUUCAGUGUGUGCACUCUUGUUCCAUAAUUUGUACAAAUGGCUUACAAUUUUGUAUAACUUACAAUAGAUUUAUGAAAUAUUAUUUCACAAGAUGUUAAUUAAUGUACCAGUAGGUUGAUUCCUGUUCCAAUUCAUUUGUCUUUUCGGAGUUAUGGAACUUUUUGUUUCUGUAGCUGGCCUGACAAUAAGUUUAAUUUUAUCUUAAAAAUUACUCAACCCUGCAAGAUAGGAUUCUAAUUAAAAUAUGGAAUAGUCUUUUCAGUGUACUCAGUGUUCUAAUAAAGAGUAAGGAAUUCCUUUUUUUUAAACUAUGGAAUCUGGUAAUCUUUAUUUAAUUUUUAACAACACUUGAUUAUGAGACUACCUCAGCAACAAAAUUGUCUGGCUAUUUGAUGGUCAAUUGUAGUAUACAGUUCCUUGUAAAAAGCAGGGUAACAUCUGGGUGGGGGAUUACAUCAUUUUUAAUAUGCUGUAUCCAAAACCAUGACACCUGUGCUGUUAUCAACAACCAACCUCGUCUUAAUAAAGGUUACAGUACACGUACUCUUUUGUUCACAAUUAUCCAUAUAAAGUGUCCUUAAUGCAUUCAUUUGUGCAGGUUACUAUUUGAUUAGAAAGUAUUCCUAUUUUUGAUGUAUGAAACUGACUGAAUAAAAUACUGGCCUAUGCUUAUAAGAGAGUAAAUGUUUUUAAGUUUGACUCUGCUGAGAAUGUUUUAUGUUUGUUAUUUUUCUGUGAGAGUCAGUAAACUUUUAAGCUUAUGUUUUUGUUUUGUAUAAUGUAGUGGUAACAUACUUCAUUUAAAUCUGUGUAAAUCUGUGAUACUGAAUAUCAUGUUUAUGGAUUGAAAAUAAACAAUUGAUCCAA